ACUUGAAGUUGAGAUGAAUUUAAUAAGUUACGUUUUCAUGGUAUGUGUUUUUAUUCAAUAAUACGCUCGCAUUCUAUUCUUAUCAAAAAAAAGUGAUAAGAUACACACAAAUACAAUGACAAAAGCAACACUCAUCUCUCAGCCACAAUACAUUGUCGUCGGCUCCUUACGGCAAACUCUUUGACAUUGGGCUGCACAUUCAUUUCAUAGAUUUGGUAUCAGUUCACAUUCAGACUUCACUGUGACAUGUACACACAAGCUACACGAGUCACGCACCAACAAAUACAACGUCUUUUUUUGAUGCUCUCUGUGUGUAGACGUCAACUGUAGUAACCAAGCAAUAGAAAGAAAAAAAAACUCUCGUUCAGCCAUAUUGAAAGAGUCUUUUAUCGAGGUACUUUUUUUGGUGAUAAAACGGUGAAGAAAACAAUAAAUAAAACACAUAUUAAAAAUGCCCAACCAAGAAAUGGAUGAAGUUGAGAGAGCAAAAGUGCAUGAUUUUGGGAACAUGAAGUUCAAGCCAGAAAUUCAGAAUUUUAUUGAUAAAAGUCAUUUGAAAAAACCAUCAAACGCCGAUGUGAAGUGUAUUCAUCGAUUUGUGGAUGGAUUUAACAUCGUUUGCGGGGCCAAACUAAAUAUGGACAAAAGUGAUGUGCUCGUGCUAGCAACCUCGCAGCUAUUGGAACCAACGAAAAAUAUUGAAAUAUUAGUCAUUUGUUCCUCUUCAGAUUUUGCUAAUGGAAUCAAAAAAAGUUACAAGGAAUUAAAUGUAGAAUCGAAAGUUUACAUCUGCUCUGAAAAAGAAGAUAUCAUAAUCGAGACACUGAAAGCAGAGACACCACACACCGUUAUCGGCACUCUUGAUUGUAUUUCAAAGCUUAUUGAAAUGAAGGAAAUCGAGUGGGAGCAUUUGAAAUACUUAAUUUGGGAUGAAUUUGACAAAAUUUCGGAACCAGUGGGAAUUCGUUACGCAUUAGUCAAGGACAUAUUACAAAAAACUCCGCAAAUUAAACGAUUCAUGAUGUUUGCUUCACGUGAAUUUGGUGAAGAAGAACGAAAUAUAUGCAAGGCGAUUUUGAAACAUCCAAUAUUCGUCGAUAAUGAGACCAAAUUGAUUUUGCAUGGUUUGCGUCAUUAUUACAUCAAAACUCAAGAGCAUGAGAAGGUCAAGAAGAUAUUAGAAUUGCUGGAAGCAAUGAACCCCGAUAAAGCAGUUAUUUUUGUGAAUUCGCAUGCAGCUGAAUAUAAAGAAAUCUUUUCAUACCAACCGAAAUAUGAACAGUUUUAUCAGCGCAUUUUGAUCACAACUCAUUUGAACGCACAUAAUACGAAGAAUAUUCAAGGAGUCAAGAUGAUUAUCAACUACGAUUUGCCAAACGAUGCCGAUGCAUACAUUGAUCGUGUGAACUGUGUUGCAAUGAACCGCUCAACAAUCAUUACAUUCGUUUCAAAUGAGGAUGCUGAAAUGUUGGAAAAAAUUCAAAAGCGUUUCGAUAUCAAAAUGACGGAAGUUUCUGAAGUAACUGCAGUCGUAUCCUGGGUUUAUCGAUUCGAAAGGCUUCAUUGCCCACCACUUUCUCGGGAUAUGGUUCAAGUUUUAUACCAGAAAAUAAAGAGUAUUACAAAAAAAUGAGCAAAAGAUGCAUAUAUCGUAUACUUGGAUGGUUUUAAUGCUUAAAAUAGCACACUUUUCAUCAAUUAAUAGAAAUUAAUUUGAUGGAGUACUCCAAUCUCUAAUCUCGUGUGUUACGUGUAUUAUUAGAAACUUACUUAUGGGUUCAACUGAACGAGACAUUUUUUCACUCCAAUGAAAAAGGAUAUGAUUUACGCGGAUACCUGAACUAUUUUAAUCAAACUUGCGUAGUCAUCUAUUUUUAAGGAAUGUUUUUUUUAAUUUGACGUCAUAUGUUUAUUUUCGGAAUAUCUUUUUAAUCAUGAUUGAAAAUGACUGCAGUCAAAUUUCAUAGAGAUAAUGAAUAAAUGCAAUUAUUUUAUGAAACAAAAA